ACAGCCCAGGUUGCCGUCUCCGCCCUGACUGGGAGACCCAACAUGCGCAAGGAUUCCUCCGACAUAGGCGUCACUGUAACUCCAGACUUGGUCUCUCAAGUAAGCACGGCAGCUUUAACGGACCCCGCUCUCAAGAAGCUCUUGCAUCUGGCUACUGCAGGGAAGGCAACUGAGGAACAGCAGAAACGCUUGGACAGAUGAUUCGGUCUCUAAGCGCAGCCCAGCAGCCGGGGCCUGUAUCAGGGCAGCCAUCAACCGCAGGGAUAACUGGAACACUUGGAGUAGCAGAGGCACGACAUCCCAUUGAUUCCGCGCUCCAGAUGCGGGAGUUCGACAUUGUGAUCGAGUUCCAGGAGAAGCCCUCUGAUCGGUGGAUCAUACCUCGAGGGCCCGCUGUGUGUGAGAGACGAGAUGCGCACAGUCUCUCCGAUGUCUUGCUCUCGACUGUCAUACAGUCUGCAGGUUCGCAACCAACGGAGUCUUCUGAGAAGACAGCCACCACCACUGCACCCCAUGUAGUCUCUAUCAACAUCUCGAGGGUGCCGCAAGCGCUUUGGGAGCUAUUGCUGAAAUGGUCUGGAGGUGAAGAGGGCAUAGCGAAGAGCAAGGAAGCCUUGAGAGAGAUUGCUGAAAAGGCGCCCCCGCGGAUAUACCUGCAAUAUCAGUUGCCAGAUGGACCACUUAUCGAGCAACUUAAAAAUGCUGUACCGCCCCGCUACAAUACGAAGCCGGUCAUGCCGAGUAACGCGGACACUACGAGAAGUAGAAGGAAGGCUUCACGGAAACAACGGGACACGACCCAAAGCAGGUCACUGCCCGUCCAACCGACAAGCAAGAGCCCUAGCAAACACAAGUCGAAGCCUAAAGUGGCAGAACCUCCUAUUCCCAUUGCGUGCUGGUCUUGUGGCCGACCUGAUGUGCCGUUGCUCAACUUCGGCAGUACGUGUUAUGUGUCGUCUUGUCUUACAUACUGACCCCUCGUAGGAUACUGCAAAUCCUGUAUCAGUGCGGGAAGAGCCAGUGAUACUGGCGCGCAUCUUAAUCAGUCUCAGGCUCACGCAGUUCCCAUCACUACCUCGAGUCACCAGCCUUGGACCUAUGCGGGAUCCAACUCAUACAACGUAGCAGCGCCGGCUGCUGCUACAUCGUCUCCUCAGACUCCUUCCAGAGACGCCACGCGU